CACUUCACCUGCUGCCUGUGCUUGUCCUGUGGUCCAGUUGCUUUCGUUCUUUCUCAUUUGCAGGCUCGCUAAGGAUACCAAGACAUGUCAAUUCAUACCUCAAAAAAAGAAAAACGAUUUCUUUUUACCUCAGAAUCUGUUGCUGAAGGACAUUCUGAUAAGGUGUGUGAUCAGAUAAGUGAUGCUAUUCUAGACGCUCAUCUCAGUAUUGAUCCAGAUGCCAAGGUUGCCUGUGAGUGUGUAGCAAAAACUGGAAUGAUUUUGCUUUGUGGAGAGAUCACAUCCCAGGCUACAGUAGAUUACCAACAGAUUGUAAGAGAGACCCUUAGGAGGAUAGGGUAUGAUGACUCUUCCAAAGGACUGGACUAUAAGACUUGCACGGUUUUAGUGGCCUUAGAACAACAGUGUAAAGAGAUCAAGCAGGCUGUCUCCCAUGGCAAGAGCGGUGAUGACAUUGGAGCAGGGGAUCAGGGUUUGAUGUUUGGCUAUGCCAGUGAUGAAACUGAGGAAUGUAUGCCCUUAACAAUCCUCCUGGCACACAAACUGUCUGCCCGCAUAAAGUCUCUAGGACAGAAUGGAACAUGGCCCUGGGUUAGACCAGAUGGUAAAACACAGGUCACAAUGGAAUACAAAGAGAGCAAUGGCGCAGUGGAGCCCAUCCGAGUGCACACACUUGUGAUUUCAGUGCAUCAUGCCCCAGACAUAACUCUACAACAAAUACGGAAGGAGCUAAUGGAGAAAGUUGUUAAAGAAGUCAUUCCAGAGAAGUAUCUUGAUGAGAGGACCAUUUAUCAUCUCCUUCCAAGUGAAAAGUUUGUAGAAGGUGGUCCUAAGAGUGAUGCUGGACUGACUGGCAGGAAGAUCAUUGUUGAUACCUAUGGAGGCUGGGGAGCACAUGGUGGAGGUGCAUUCUCUGGAAAAGAUCCCUCUAAAGUUGAUCGUUCUGCAGCAUAUGCAGCUCGCUGGGUUGCAAAAUCUCUGGUGAAAGCUGGUCUCUGCAGAAGAGUAUUAAUCCAGCUAUCAUAUGCUAUCGGUCUGAGUCAUCCUCUUGCGAUCUCAGUGUUUCACUAUGGAACAUCAGACAGAUCUGAAGAAGAACUGCUUGAGAUUGUGCAGAAAAACUUUGAUCUACGCCUUGGAGCUAUCAUAAGGGAGUUGGAUUUGAAGAAGCCAAUCUAUCAAAAAACAGCAUGCUAUGGGCACUUUGGGAGAGAAGAAUUUACAUGGGAAAUACCCAAAAAGCUUGUGUAUUAAGCUGUUCGUAAUGUUUCAUGUAAUUGACAGGUGGUUUAAUGAUCAGCUAAAAUUUCAAGCUGUUCAAGAAAAGACUGUAGCUACUCUUUUUUUAAAUUACAUUCUGUAGUUAAUAGAUCUACUGAAAAUCAUUUGUAUUUAAUUUCUAACUUUCGUAGUGGCCUUACGCUUUACAUGCAUGCUGCUCUAUCAUCUAACCUGCUCUUCAGCUUUGUCUUUGGUAACGUGUGAACAAUUUAGGCCUUUGGCUGUGAUCAGAUAUUAAGUGCACAGAUGGUUGUGGAAGUUGAAGUCAUUCCUGUUCUGCCUGAGAAGCCCACUGCUGCUUACCGAGGUAACUUUGUACUGAAGUGGAUGAGGUUGGUGAGGUAACUUCCAACAGCUCCCCAUGAGAGGCAAGCAGUAAUAACACAAAUUGCCAUAAUUCUUUGGCCCAGGACUCCCACAACUGCCAAAAGCUUUAGUUUGUGGUCCUUCUAGUCCAAGCAAAGUAGUAACAACACCCAUUUCGGAACCUUGUUCAUUGUAACCCUAAAUACACUUAGCUAUGAGGUAGUGUUAUCUGUUAGCUUUUAACCUUACAGUUUUGUAGGUGUAUCUGUGAAAACUGAUGAACUCCUAUUUUGUAAUUCUUUUAUUCAUUUACGGUUACUCCUUCUCAAACUGAAAUUUUCCACGUCUGCAUGAAUUGGAAUUGGCUGUAUAAAGUUGCAAUUAAGUUUCAUUUGGCCACCUCUCCAACAUAAAAAUUGUAAAAAAACCCAUGGAAGAUAUUGCCUUCCUUUGUCUUUUUUGGCUGAAAGCACAAGGUGGAGAGAGAGAAUUCAAAAUCGUUUAGCUUUUCUUCAAGCGCUAGAGAGGAUGAAAAGGCUUAUAUACAGAAAGUAGCGACUCUGGCAAGCAAAUUUAUCAUCAAAUUGUAAACUAAGACAGAAUGUUGGAAUGCUGUAACCGCUGUUGCUUAAAACCAGGGAAUUUUAAUAGACAACUAAACAAUAUGUCUAGCCCAUAUUGUUUAAACCCAAAGGGAAAAACGCAGGCUUCAGUGGUAAAUCUAAUCAAAUGCAAGUAGUUGAAUAUAACAUUAGUCUUGAGUAAGUUUUAAAAAGCUGCUUCCUUUCAUGUAAAGACUAAUUGAACCACCGUUCCUUUGACAGACGAGAGCUGAAGUGAGGGAACUGUACAGCUCUACCUGUGCCUUACCUGUCCUGGUACAACGAACCCAAUCUAACACUGCAGUGCUGCAGUCUUGUGACCUAGAAAAAAGGCACUAUUUUCUUCCACAAGAAAAUGAAAUUAGUUCCUGGAAUAAAAGCUGCAAUUCUUUUGUGGGCUUUUUUUCCCCAGUUUUUUAUUUAAUGGCAAGUUUUCCUUUUUAUUACAAGACCUUGAACCCUGUCUUUGCCUGAAACUAAUCUAGUUUAGUAUGCGUAUGGCCAUGUAGGCAUAAACCAUGUCAUUAACCUUUAUUAAAAUUUGUUCAAAUUGAUAUUGUCUACGAAAUAGUAAUGUAGCUUGCUAAAAAUUUUGCAGUGUCAGAAUAACUUUCACUUUUAGUAAUAUAGGUGUACAAUGUUUAAAUGGCAAGGGAUUGCAGAGAUCACUAUACAGUAAACUGACUAUAAUAAACUGACUUACUGAACUCUUUUGAAAGAGGGUUCAGUAAAUGGUCCUAUAGUCUCAAUUUUACAGCUGUCUCAGUUACAGCUAGUAUCAAUUUUACUGUCAUGAUACUUUAUCCUUCAAAAGUUGAAUAGUGCUUUGGCAAGAAGCUGUGAUGCUUUGUUUGUCACAGCAGAAGACAAUUUUGAUAAAGUCUCUUAUUAAAUUUAACAAGGAAAUUAUUUGUUCAAUACAGGAGUCUCUUAAUCACUGCUUAUUGUAAAACAAAAAACCAAAAAAGACAGAGCUUAGGCCUUUCUAACUGUUAGACAGCUGGAGCCUACAGGAGGCAAAUUGGACCAUGGAGUAUUUCAGACAAUAAGAACACAUUUCUGCAAUGCUUCUUUCACCUUGUUCUCUGGCUUCCUACAAAUAGACUUCAGAUCAAAGUUACAGACCAGUUCUUCAACGAGUUGGAUAGUCUCUGUGUCCAGACUACAAACCUUUCUUUCCCUUUGUUGUUGGUUUGUGUUUCAAAGUAGCCAGGAGCACCAGCUGCAGAAGAAAUCCCUCGCCACAGAUUGGAACAGGUACAGUAUGCAUCCCAUCUUCAGAGAUCCUGUCUACAAACUUUAGCAAGUUUUCUAAUAACUAGUGAAUUAAUUUUAUUUACAUAGGGUAGCUAAUUUGCCCUAUGUAAAAUUUUCCUCAGAACAGCAAGAGAUAUGCUUUGUUUGAAAUAAGCAAACAGAGAAAAGCCACCUCUGCUAAAUUUAUAGCAUCUAGUCUGAAGUCAGAGACAAAAUUAUUGCUCCACAAAAUCACUGAAGUAACUUUUUCUGAAUGAUUGGCAUGUUUGCUCAUUACCAUUCUAGAAAUGAAUCACUUAAGCUGGAACACCAAAAAUAAAAAAGGGUGCCCAAAAAGGGUGCCCAAAUCAGAUAUAAGCAUUAAGAUAGCAGUUAUUGCUGAAAGUUUAGCUAAACUAUAAUGUAGCCUACAUACAGGGAUUAAGCAAAAUAUUUUUAUUUCCAUAUGUUGCCACUAUUGCUUUGUUAAAAUGCUAUUUUAAUAUCAAAACAACAGGCUCUUCUUUGAAAUAUAUGGUUACAGUAUGUUAUAAAAAUCUCCCAAAAUAUAAUGGCUCAUAAUAUGUGUAAGAAAAAUAAUUGCACAUCAGAACACCACCACAAUAGUUUAUGCAUUGUGUUUUGCAACUUCAUCCAAAGUAGCAGGCUUUAUAUUAGCUUUUUCUAUUAGCUUUAUUCAGCUAAUACAAAAAAGGCACAUAAAUGAAAAAUCUGUAUUGCAGAAAAUUACUUGGGUAGACCAUACACAGUAACAUGUAGAGGUAUUAGUGGCUGUUCUGUUUUCAAAUAGUGAAUUUGGAUAGACACUUCCAAAAGCUGACGAUUCUUGCUGGAUUGUGUGAGGCAGAAGUAAACCUAAAUAUUUAAAAGGGAAUAGUUUAACUCAAACCUAGACUAGCCAAUUAAGGAAGAAAAUGAAUCAAACAGAAGUGCCAGCUUGGUUCUGAAAGUGCCUUUCGUAUCUUUCUGGUCUCGGAAGAGAUG